CCACCCCGGUGAUAGCAUGACCACCGAAAGCGAGCUGUCGUCCAGCGUGGAGGAGGCGUCGGCGUCCAGUAACUGGAGCGGCGGCAACGGGUCGGAGGCCGCGGCCAGCUGCGACGUGUCGCCGCAGGUGCCGGAGGGCAUCCAGGCGCUCAUGUACCUCAUGUACAUCGCCGUAUCGGUGGCCGCCAUUGGCGGAAACGGCAUCGUCUGCUACAUCGUGAUCGCCUACCAGCGCAUGCGUACCGUCACGAACAUGUUCAUCAUGAACCUGGCCAUCGGCGACAUUCUGAUGGCCUGCCUUUGUAUACCGUUCACGUUCGUGUCCAACCUUCUUCUGGGCUACUGGCCUUUCGGCGGCGUCAUGUGCGUGCUGGUGACGUACGCGCAAUGCGUGACCGUCUUCAUCUCGGCCUACACUCUGAUCGCCAUCUCGGUGGACCGGUACACGGCCAUCGUGUACCCGCUGCGGCCGCGGAUGACCAAGCUGCGCUCCAAGCUCAUCAUCGCGCUCGUCUGGCUCGUGGCGCUGGUGACGCCGCUGCCCACGGCGCUGGUGACGCAGCUGGUGCCGCACCCGUGCGCCAACCGCACUUACUACUGCCUCGAGCAGUGGGGGCGGCCCGAGCAGACCGCCUACUACAGCAUGGCGCUCAUGAUACUCCAGUACUUCUUCCCACUGCUCGUGCUCAUCUUCACGUACACGCGCAUCGCGGUCGUCGUCUGGGGAAAGGAGACGCCCGGCGAAGCCCAGGACGCCCGCGACCAACGGAUGGCCGCCUCCAAACGAAAGAUGAUCAAGAUGAUGAUCGCUUGCGUGGCCGCGUUCCUCCUCUGCUGGCUCCCACUGAACCUGUUCAUCGUCGUGUCGGAGCAGUACCCGUCCAUCUACGACGUGAGCGGCAUCGGCUACAUGUGGUUCGUCUGCCAUUGGCUGGCCAUGAGCCACGCCUGCUACAACCCGCUCAUCUACUUCUGGAUGAACGCAAAGUUCCGGGCGGGCCUGCAGGCGCUGUUCCGCUGCCUGCCGGCCACACGCCGGCGCUCCUCGUGCUUCGUGUCUACCUGCAACGUCAAGAAGGCGGCGACUUCCAACAGCAACGCUCUCUGACUCAGCGCCCAAGGCACCGAGUGCGCCGCGAUGCCCGUCUCUGUGUCCCAUUGCAGGUACUACGCGUCCGCGCCUACCCUCCUCUUCGCGUGCGUCACUCUGACGCCGCACUUUUCCGGAGAGCUUCAGCUCGAUCGAGCAGC